GAAAGAGCGCGCUCUCGCUCCUUCCAUCGCCGCCCGGCGAAACCGCACUUCCCACGGUCUCCGCCACAGCGCUCGUAGCCGCCGUCCGCUCGAGCCGCAAGUGCGCUAGUGAGAGCGAACGCCGAGAGGUGGUGGACGUCGAAUAUGCGACCACCAUGAACGCGCGGCGUCGGCUUGGAACGGGCUCGACGCCGCUUCCACUCGAUACGCGCUCGUCCGGAGAAGAAGUGGUCGACGCGACACUCCGGGACCUUGCUUGCGCGCAAGGCCUACUCGCCGCUAAUCGCCGGAGAAACGAGGAUUAUCGCCGUUGUGCGCCGAGACGCCGGAUCAUCUUCUACUGCGUGGCCUGUGGCGCUCCCUCUGGGCCGUUGCUUGGUGGCCCUGAGAAGCGCUCGCGCUUCUUGUGUGCUUGGUGACCAGUGUUUUCAGUGCUGCCUCGGUGCUGUGUGUUUGCCAGUGGCUUAAAGCGACGACGCCUGCGGGACAUGAACGGGACUAGAGGAUUAAGCGCCAAUGGUCGCGCACGCUCCGGAUAGCGUGACUGUGCCCAACCCGGAACUGACGAUGUUCAAGCGGCGCGAGGAGGUCGUGUCCGCCGAGGACUCGAGCCGAAGCUUCUUCGUGCGUUACCUGGGAUGCACCCGGUUCCAGUCCAAGUCUAAGCAGCGAGGGCUCAAAGCCCUGCAGCAACCGCUGUUGGACCUGUACAGCGCCGCGAGACGCAAGGGCGAGAGCCAGCGGUCCGUGCACCCGCUGGCGUUAACGCAGCGCCUCGACGUCUCUCACUACGGCCUAGUGGUUGCCGAGGCCCUCGAGGAUCCGGAGACGAGGCGAGCCGUGACGGCCGUCACGCGUGUGAUUACGCCCGCUGCAAACAUCGUGCUUUGGGCCGCCCUCCGGUUCAGCGCGCGGCUUGCCAAGAGGCGCUCCAUCGGUGCCGCCUUCGUGCCCUUGGCUUGCUCCGAGGACGUCGUCGACCGGUCCUGGUACCUGGGACUGUCGGCGAAGCGCAGGUUUCUCGUCGGAUUGGCGCACCCUCCCGUGUUCGCCUGCCUCUUCCGUCAGGUCGCGGCGCCGUCGACGUGGGAGUGCCACGGAUUUAUCUGUGCCUCGGCCGAAGACGCGCUACUCAUAUGCUCGUCGUUGGGCGAGGCGCGGGACACUGUUGUAGUGCUGGACAGGCCACGGCCUACGCCCGUGGUCGUUGCCGGCGGCAAGCGGCCUGACGACUACAGCGACCUCACGUCUAUCACGGCGUCUUCGUACACUGUGAGAAACGCGAGCAGCCGAAAGCUGACAUCGUCGAUAGACGAACCGCAGUCGUCGGUGACGGCGUCGGCGAGCGGCUACUACCAAGAAGUAGUGGAUCGGAGGUUCAAAUCUCCCCGAAGGUCGUCCAAGAGAGUGUCCCGACGAACGGACACUGAAUCCAAGUCAUCGGCAAGUGAAGACAGGAAACGCCGUGUGCGCCGGAAGUCCAACUCCUACAAGUACCGGGACCUCUCCAAGAAGUAUGCCGGAGCUGCACUGCCGAGGCCUGUCACAUCUGAGCUUUCCUACUCUUCCGCAGGAAAUGUGACAGUCACGACAGAAGACACCCUUGUUAAGGAUGUCAUCUUGCAAACGACCAGCCACAAAGACGGCCUCAUCUUUCAAAAUGUCGUGCCGGCCUCGAACGGCGGUGGCGCCGGUCCCCAGGAGUCGUUCGACGAGUCGUCGUCGUCGGCUCAGACGCCGACCAACGACACCGGAUACUUCUCCUCGAAAUCGAAAAGUGCCAAGGCGUCUAAGGAGGACCUGACACACGAAGAAGCUCCAGCCGCUCCCGCCGCUCCUCCUGAGCCUCCACCUCCACCGAGGCCGCCGCAGUCGACGUACUACUUCGGUCAAAACGUGGCGCCCGCGGCAAAUUCGACGCAAAAGACCAACGUUACCUCCUACACGUACUUUCUGAAGGACUCCGCCAGGAUCCCCGUUAAGGAGCCAGUGAUCAUGCCGGAACAAGUGAAGCCUCGGGAAACGAAUACAACAACUGCAGUAACGACCAUCGUUCCUCCUAGUGGCACGUCGGACAGCUCGUUGUCAGGCUAUCACUCGGACUCGUGCUGCCAGACGCGAGAGGCAGGCACGAUGACCAAGGAUGACGAGUGCUGCGACUCGGACUGCUGCUGCUCGUGCGACUUCUCAUCCGCCUGCUCCGAGUGCAGUUCGAGCCGAAGGACGCUGGUACCCAGCGGCCGGUCCCAGAGCCGCGGCCAGAUGACCAUCUCGGAAACGAUGAAUUUUAGCAGCGAGUGCGACUCUGAAGCACACUGGAUGCGGCGCAGCUCCGUGGCGCAUUCGUUCUCCACCGACGGACGCGUCAAGGGGCGCGCGGAGAACUGUCACGAACACGUGACGCGAGCUCAGGUGCAUCACCAUCACCACGAGCGCAGCCACCACGUGCAACAGCAGCAGCGCAACUUCACAGCCGUUAAAUACCACCGGGAACAACAGGAGCAAAAGCAGCAACCGGACGCUCAGGGAAAAACAAUGAAGAACGCGUUCACGUCAACGACCGCCUCUUUGUGCGGUGAGAGUCCGCCCAACGGCAAGGUAGUAAUCGACGUCCCUCAGUGCGACGGAAUCAGCCGCGGCGUCAUGACCCCUGGAAUAAUCAGCUUCAACAAGCACGGCCACGUACGAGACUGGGCCUCCCUCAGCAACUGCUCGGGCUCGUCGCGCGUCACCACUACCACUCUCCAGCCGGUACAGCAAAGGCCGCAGCGGACAGCGAAGGUCAUACGCUGGGAGCAGCAGCCGCAGCUGAACAAGCGCAAGUCCAAGCCUGGAUUCUUGUCCAACCUGAAGACCUCCUUGACACGCGCCCGGCUCAAGACGGGCAAGCUGUUCAGCCGCAUGCGACCGCACCGCAACGGAAAGGAGGUCGCUACCACGACGACGGUCCACGAUCCGGACGCCGUGUCGCAAGAGGAGGUCUGCCUCAGUCCCGACGGAAACGCGCGGCCCAAGCGGAAGCGGCGGCGACGGCUGUCCUGGAGCUUCCACGACUUGCGGUCAGCAUUUCCCUCCAAGAAUAACGGAGCCGCGGGGAAUGCUCCGCAGAGGCCACGACGCAGGAAGAAGAAGAGCCGCAAUGGCCGCGGCAACGGUGGUGCCGGUGGCAGUGACGUGUCCGACUCCUUCUUGGAGGAAGAGGAGGAGAGGACUGCUGAGGCUCCCAGGAGCCCGCCCAGAAGGCCCCGGCGCAAGUCGGACUCUGAACUCGGGGCUGCUGCUGGCGGUGGUCAGCAGCAGCGCCGCGUCGCCGGUGAUGUGACCACAAUACGCGUGGAACAUGGACUCACCAAGGAAGGCUUCACGCGCUGGUCCAACACGAACCUGCACUCAGAGCUCGGAUACAUUCCGUGAGGGAAAGUGUGUGCGCGCGCUUGGAUUGCCACGAGCCGAAGUAACGAGGGCGUCCUCUCAGGUUCACCGUCGGUUGGAUCGCAGCCGAAGCUAAUAUGCUUAAAGCUAAAAUGGGAUCACAACUUGCGGUAUCACGCCUCGAUUUCAGUCGCGAAUGACAUCACAGAUAUCUCAAUCGAAGCUAAUACUAUCGGUCUUAGGCUACGUCGGAUAUAAGAUGAUCAGCGUUUUAGGCGCUUAACGUCAGCAAAAAAGACCAGUUCUUCGAAAUACUUGUUUUUAAACAGAGGAGCUUCUCAGAAAGCCACCAAGCCAGAGAGACUUUCUCGAAUCAGCGUAGACGGAAAUUUUUAUUUAAUUUCUACUUCCUUAUGAACCGGGAACGCCGGGUGAUACCGCAACGUGACUUUAAACAAUGGCUUGUCGCUGCUUUCUGGGAGCUUGGCAUGGCUGCCAUUAGCAUGAAAGCAAUGAGCAAAGCUGAAUUUCACGAAGCGUGGCUGCUCUCCACCCGAAGGUGAAGUUUGCCGCCCUGGAUACAUGUGCCGGUGAAGUGUGUGCGGCUUCGGAAGCGAACGAACGUGUUGCGUUUCAACUCGUGCUUUUGCGAGCAUUACACGGCUUAGGAUUAAUUCGAUCAGCUUCUCUUUCUUUUCAUUUUUCGCUAUCAAUGUGGGCGAAAUUUCCAUAAGAGAUGAGUCUGUUGCCAUCGCUUAGCGCUCGAAAAAUGCAUACCUCGUGGUCUUUAAAAGCGUGUAUUGAAUAAUGCAGGCAUUGCUAUGAAUUCCACGUUGCUUACGUACAAAUUCUGCCUUGCAAUCGCCAUGAAGUGGUGCCCUACGCCAUAAACUGCAGUUCAUUCCGCAAGUUCAGGAUGGAAAACUUAGAUAUAAAACGUUCACUUAAGCAGCUUACCGAUAGUCUUUCUGUGCUAGCUCGAGCUCUAAUGUGCAGGGGGGUAUAUUCAACCUGUAGUGCCCGCCGUACCGCGACGUGUUAGCGACCGCCAAAGCGCUUCGAUUUACUUGCUACCAAGCCUGUUCCUGCAUAUCUACCUUUCCCUGUCGCUUUCCCAAUAUUUAUUUCAGAAAUGUUCCGCAUAUUCAAGGGGUUCCGCGCAUUAUUCUGAUGCAUCGCAUCUAUUCUUGCUUAAAACUAAAAUUAAAAUUCUAUAAAAUUUUGAAGGCUCUUGAAUGUCUUGCUCUGAGAGUUUAAAGGUGUAUUAGAUCAGAGCCUGCCAGAACAUGAUGAACUGUUGCUAAUGUUGUUCAGAGUAAACCCAAAUUCGGUUAAUGUUAAUUUUGCACGUGUUUUUUCACGGCAGGAAAGGGUCAUCAGCGCAUGACGAGAUCACAUUUUUUUAUCGGGCAGCAUCCAUUUAGCGAAAAAGAAACCUAUUAUGCUCAUGACAGUUUUUUGUUCAAAUAGUAGGUUGUUGUUUUAAGGCGACAGCAACAACGAUGAUUUCAUGAAUAGCCUUACUGACAAUGGAACGCCAGAAUGCUUUCCUGCUCAUGUGUUAACAACAGAAAGAGAAAGGCAAUAGACUCAUCUCUACGUAGCACGCGUCGGAAGGCGCUUGGCUAUGAAACCCACCCUUCUUUUCCAGUCUAUAUUGGUGGCGAUCUAGUUUAUUUCUAAACUACCCGUCAACGAACACAAGAAGCUUAUCUGCUUUUAAGCGUAUACUAUCAGCCGUGUGUGCAUAGUCAGCGUCACUGUGAAGACUCAGUGCAAUGGUGCCACGAGCGGGAUGACCGCUGUGCUGUGCUCGGGAAUGUGUGCGGAGAAGUGGUCGACCGUCGAAGUGUGCCUUCCCCACGGAAAGUGCUGCCGAUGUGCGGGAAAAAGAAAAGUACCUUACUGAACUCCUAACCGCCUCCGGUUGCGAUGUCCUAGUCCUCUAUACAUAAAGCCUAUACUAUCCUUGACAGCUAAAUAAAAAGAGAUUUAAGCGA